CACUGACAAUCCAUGAAAUGUCACUCCACAUUGCUUUAUUUUCUCGUUUCGCGUCGUGAAUCGUAUAUAAAUUUGAACAUUUGGUAAAUGUUUUAGAUAAAAUAUAUAAACCCUAACGAUGGAGGAGCUUAAGCAAUUGGAGCAUUUGUCGUUGGUGUCAAAAAUCUGCACAGAAUUGGAUAAUCAUUUGGGCUUGAACGACAAAGAUUUGGCAGAGUUCAUCAUUGCAUUGGCUGAGAAGCACCAAACAUUCGCCGACUUCAAGAAAGUGCUAAUCGAAAAUGGGGCAGAAUUCCCGGACUCGUUCAUUACGAACUUGUUGCGAAUAAUUCAGUUGAUGAAGCCACCAGCGAAUAGUUCACAAAAACCACUGAAAUUUACGGAGAAGACCCAAGAAUUGGCAUUCAAGUUUCCCGGCCUAGCUAUAGCGAAUGAUCCUCGCUCGAAAGAAGAAGAAGAUGAUGAUGACAAGAAAGACGUCAAAAAAGCUGAAGCAUCGGUUGCUGAUGAUAUGAUGGCUCAGCUGGAAUCAUUCGCACCCAAAACAAAAGACGACCAGGAACCUACAGCUGGCGCAUCUAGUUCAAUUAAGGAUGAAAAGUCAAGUCGGGAUAAACGAAGAAGUCGAUCAAGAGAACGCAGUAGUUCAAGAGAAUAUCGUCGAGAACACAAUGACAAGAGAAAAGCACGACCACGUUCCAGAGAUAGACGAGAAAGAAGCCGUUCCAGGGAUAGACGAGAAAGAAGCCGUUCAAGGGAUAGACGUGAAAGAAGCCGUUCCAAAGAUCGUCGUAGGCAUCGAAGUAGAUCACCAAAAGAUCGUAGACGCAGAAGUCCGAGUCCACGGCGUAGAAGUAGAUCGCGUCAUCGUCGAAGUCGUUCUCGCGGCAGAGAUGACCGAUCACGCCGAAACCGAUCUCCUCAGCGAUCGAAACGCAGUGAAACCCCACUACCGGACGAUCCGGAACCAGGAAAAAUUUAUUCGGGACGAGUGGCCAAUAUCGUUCCAUUUGGCUGUUUUGUUCAGAUUCUUGGGUUGAAGAAAAAGUGGGAAGGUUUGGUACAUAUAUCACAAUUGAGAUCGGAAGGACGUGUAGUGGAUGUAACCGAAGUGGUUUCUCGUGGACAAACGGUGAAAGUGAAGGUAAUGUCAAUUGCCGGCCAAAAAGUAUCAUUGUCGAUGAAAGAGGUUGAUCAGGACAAUGGAAAAGAUCUCAAUCCAGCAUCGCACGGUCACUUGAAGCCGGAAAAUGAUGCGCGCGAUCGCAAUCCUGAUCGACCUGUUGGCGGCACAGCGAUGUUGCAUCUUCAAGGGAACAUGGACGGUGAAGAAGACCAAACGAGAAAACGUGUCACCAGAAUUUCAAGUCCAGAGCGAUGGGAAAUUAAACAAAUGAUUUCGUCCGGAGUGAUUGAUCGAAGUGAACUGCCUGAUUUUGACGACGAAACUGGACUCCUACCGAAAGAUGAAGACGACGAAGCAGAUAUUGAAAUCGAAAUUGUUGAAGAGGAACCACCAUUUUUGCAAGGUCACGGUCGAGCAUUGAAUGAUCUCUCACCAGUAAGAAUAGUGAAGAAUCCAGACGGUUCUUUGGCUCAAGCUGCGAUGAUGCAAUCGGCAUUGGCGAAAGAGAGACGAGAACAGAAAAUGUUGCAGAGGGAACAAGAAAUGGAUACCAUUCCGACGAGCUUGAAUAAAAACUGGAUCGAUCCACUGCCCGAUGAUGACAGCCGAGCGUUAGCAGCAAACGUUCGUGGUGUUGGAAUGGCUCCGCAAGAGGUACCAGAGUGGAAAAAACAUGUAAUUGGUGGUAAGAAGUCGUCGUUUGGCAAGAAGACUGACCUGACAUUGAUCGAGCAACGGCAAUCAUUGCCAAUAUUUAAGCUUCGCGAUGACUUGAUAAAGGCAGUCACAGAUAAUCAAAUUUUAAUUGUGAUUGGCGAAACUGGUUCAGGUAAAACCACUCAAAUCACUCAGUACUUAGCGGAAUGUGGAUUCACCGCACGUGGAAAAAUUGGAUGCACUCAACCGAGACGUGUGGCGGCCAUGUCAGUCGCUAAACGUGUAGCUGAGGAGUUUGGUUGUCGUCUGGGCCAGGAAGUAGGAUACACCAUUCGUUUCGAAGAUUGCACCAGUCCAGAAACAGUCAUAAAAUACAUGACAGACGGCAUGUUGUUGCGAGAAUGUUUGAUGGAUUUCGAUUUGAAAUCUUAUUCGGUCAUCAUGUUGGAUGAGGCCCAUGAACGAACAAUUCACACGGACGUUCUAUUUGGUUUGUUAAAACAAGCCGUUCAGAAGCGACCUGAAAUCAAAUUGAUUGUAACAUCUGCAACGCUCGACGCUGUCAAAUUUUCGCAAUAUUUCUUUGAAGCGCCAAUUUUCACCAUACCCGGUCGAACGUUUCCUGUCGAAGUUCUUUAUACCAAGGAACCGGAAACCGACUAUUUGGACGCGUCACUCAUCACUGUCAUGCAAAUUCAUUUACGAGAACCGCCUGGUGAUGUUUUACUCUUUUUAACUGGUCACGAAGAGAUUGACACUGCCUGCGAAAUCCUCUACGAACGAAUGAAGUCGUUGGGUCCAGAUGUACCGGAAUUGAUCAUUUUACCAGUUUAUUCAGCGUUGCCAUCUGAAAUGCAGACUCGAAUUUUCGAUCCUGCACCUGCUGGCAGUCGUAAAGUAGUAAUUGCCACAAAUAUUGCAGAAACAUCGUUAACAAUCGAUGGAAUUUACUACGUCGUGGAUCCAGGUUUUGUGAAGCAGAAGGUCUAUAACUCGAAGACUGGAAUGGAUUCCUUGGUGGUAACACCAAUAUCUCAAGCGGCUGCCAAACAACGAGCUGGAAGAGCCGGGCGUACAGGUCCAGGCAAAUGUUAUCGUUUGUAUACCGAACGAGCAUACAGAGACGAAAUGCUUCCAACACCUGUACCAGAAAUACAGAGAACGAAUCUGGCUACCACAGUACUGCAACUGAAAACAAUGGGAAUCAAUGACUUGCUGCAUUUUGAUUUUAUGGAUGCUCCACCCGUUGAAUCGUUGGUGAUGGCACUGGAGCAACUGCAUUCACUUUCUGCCCUUGAUGACGAAGGAUUGCUUACACGACUCGGUCGACGAAUGGCCGAAUUUCCAUUAGAGCCCAAUCUGUCGAAAAUGUUAAUUAUGUCGGUGGCAUUGCAGUGUUCCGAUGAGGUGUUGACCAUCGUUUCAAUGCUCAGCGUUCAAAAUGUUUUUUAUAGACCGAAAGACAAACAGUCACUGGCUGAUCAAAAGAAAGCGAAAUUCAAUCAAUCUGAAGGCGAUCACUUGACAUUGCUCGCCGUGUACAACAGCUGGAAGAACAACAAAUUUUCAAAUGCUUGGUGUUACGAAAAUUUUGUUCAGAUUCGAACGUUGAAACGGGCACAGGACGUGAGAAAACAAUUGCUGGGAAUAAUGGAUCGACAUAAGCUGGAUGUUGUUUCAGCCGGAAAGAAUACUGUUCGCAUUCAAAAAGCCAUUUGUUCUGGUUUCUUCAGAAAUGCAUCGAAAAAAGACCCACAAGAAGGAUACCGGACACUGGUCGAUUCUCAGGUCGUUUACAUUCAUCCGUCAAGUGCUCUAUUUAAUAGGCAACCGGAAUGGGUCGUCUACCAUGAAUUGGUGCAAACUACAAAGGAAUAUAUGCGUGAGGUGACAACAAUCGAUCCGAAGUGGCUGGUUGAAUUUGCUUCGUCAUUUUUCCGAUUCUCAGAUCCUACGAAGCUAAGUAAAUUUAAGAAGAACCAGCGUCUGGAACCUUUGUACAACAAGUACGAGGAACCUAAUGCUUGGAGAAUUUCGAGGGUGAGACGUCGACGUAAUUAGAUGGAAAUAAACUUGAAUUGGAUGAA